UUUUUCCCUGGCCCCGCCCCAGCCCGUCGCCAUGUUGUUCCCUCCGCGCUGGACGGGAGCAGCUGGAGCUGGAACCUGGCUGCGCUACCGCCGCUGCCUCCUUCUCUGCAGGUCCCCGACCCUCUCUGUGUCCUCAUUGCACCCAGACGGGCCGGCCCAGAGCUCCCGGGUCGUCUUCCGUGUGGCCGCGAGACACUCUUGCACUCCUGUAAUGAGCCUGGCACUGUGAUGAAACUCUUUUCCCGUGUCGUUUGAAUGCAUCUUCUCAACAACCCUAGGAGGGUUCUUGAAGCUUUUGAGAUUAACAAUGGCAGGAAAAUCAUCACUUUUUAAAGUAAUUCUCCUUGGAGAUGGUGGAGUUGGGAAGAGUUCACUUAUGAACAGAUAUGUAACUAACAAGUUUGAUACCCAGCUCUUCCAUACAAUAGGUGUGGAAUUUUUAAAUAAAGAUUUGGAAGUGGAUGGACAUUUUGUUACCAUGCAGAUUUGGGACACGGCAGGUCAGGAGCGAUUCCGAAGCCUGAGGACACCAUUUUACAGAGGUUCUGACUGCUGCCUGCUUACUUUUAGUGUCGAUGAUUCACAAAGCUUCCAGAACUUAAGUAACUGGAAGAAAGAAUUCAUAUAUUAUGCAGAUGUGAAAGAGCCUGAGAGCUUUCCUUUUGUGAUUCUGGGUAACAAGAUUGACAUAAGCGAACGGCAGGUGUCUACAGAAGAAGCCCAAGCUUGGUGCAGGGACAACGGCGACUAUCCUUACUUUGAAACAAGUGCAAAAGAUGCCACAAAUGUGGCAGCAGCCUUUGAGGAAGCGGUUCGAAGAGUUCUUGCAACCGAGGAUAGGUCAGAUCACUUGAUUCAGACAGACACAGUCAGUCUUCACCGAAAGCCCAAGCCUAGCUCAUCUUGCUGUUGAUUGUUAGAUUGUUGAUGCAUUCUAACCAACUCACACAUAUACACAAAGUCAACAUGGGGAUGGAGAAGAGAAUUAGCGUUUGCAGCAGUGUAUCAUCUACUAAUAAAAUUAAACUAAUGUUGCUGCUUCAUUAGUUGGUGGGAGAAGGGACACAUCCACUCAUGGAGGAAUAUAUUUACUCAAUAAUGGCACCUUACAUUUAUAAAUUGUAACGGUUGUCUAAUAACGUUUCUUUAAUUUAAAUAUGUAAGUCGCAGAGCUAAUAAAUGAAAUGACCAAGACUUUAAUUAUAAUAAAAGUAAGAAAUUGACUAUUCUAGAAGUUAUACUUGGAUUUUUUCCUGGGAAAAUGGAGAACUACUUUUUAUAUGUGUAUGUUUUUAUGCAAUUAGCAUUGUAUUCUUGGUUCGGGGAAAUACUUUCCUAAAGCAAUAAUGUUAGAUAUUAAAGAUUAAAAUCUAAUGUAUUUGCAA